GUCUGGGCGGUGCUGGCGCCUUGAGGGUUCGGACCCUAGGCGGCGCGGAAUCUGUAAACUGCCGGCCGCCCGGUGGUUGUAGGUGCUGUGGCCGCGUGGCCCGAGGGAGCGGGAACCUGGGAGCUGUGGAGGGCGUGACCCGGCCGGAGGGGAAGGCGUUGGCUCCCCAGACCCCCGCCUGUCCAGUCUCCAUCUGUGGGUCUCAAGCUCCUGGACAGACUGGCGUUGCCCAGCCCCAUGGACGUGAGUCCAGUGCUCUGUGCUCAUCCGCCUCUGAGCUCGGACUAGGGAGGAAGCUUUCUAUCCAAUAAAAAGUCUUCUGGCUCAGGACAAGAGCUAUGAUGAGACAAUGCCCGGGAUGGACUUCUCUCCAGAGACCCCUGGCCCGUGGAACCCUGCCCCGGCUUCCAUCAGCCCUUCCUUGCAGCUCCCCACCCCUGCCAUCGUCUUCAUCGCUGUGGGAAUCUAUUUGCUACUGUUGGGCCUAGUGCUGCUGACUAGACACUGUCUGCUGGCCCAGGGCUGCUGCACGGACUGCAGCUCCCCUUGCAGGAAACAAGGUGCUUCAGAGACCCAAGACUGCUGCUGGAGCUGUGCAGAAGCCUGCGACUUCCCUCUGCCCAGUCCCGCCCACUACCUGGAUGCCUGCUGCCCCCACCCCAGUGAAGCUGGCAAAGCAGCAGAGCUCUUGGCUAUCGUCAGAAGAAGCCAGGAGAGGAGCAGAGAGCUGAGGAAGGGUUGGGCCCCUCAGUGCCCUCGAUGCUGCCCAUUGUGUGACUGUGCCUGUGCCUGCCAGCUCCCAGACUGCCAGAGCCUCAACUGCCUCUGUUUCGAGAUCAAGCUCAGAUGAAAGAUGGGGCUGGGAGAGUGGCCAGCCCCCAGGGCCCCCUCUAUGACUCUUAGGACACUACUACUCAGGCACUGGAGCUAU